AUGGCUGGCGCUGGUAGGCUUCUCCUCCUCGCAGCUGCGGUGGUGGCCCUUGUUGCUCCCUACCGCGCUUUUGUGCAGGGUGGCCUCCAGGCCCCUCGUGCGGCCCCCUCCGUGAUCCGAGCGGCUGAGGGAGGCUCCUCGCCCUCGCCCUCGAGCAUCUCCAUCUCCACCUUCGAAGAGAGCGCCGAGAACGUGAAGAGCGCCUCUGUGGUCUUCUACUUCGUGUUGGGCCUGAUCUUUCCUAUCCUGGGAGGCUUCACCUUUGGCCUCAUCUUCGCCGCUCUGGGCUAUGGCCUUUCUUUCGGCAGCCUAACGGAUUUUGCUGGAAAGAAGGUCCCGGAGUACAAGGAUGCCAUCGAAGACGUGGCUGGUGCUGGCCUGAAAGCUGGUGAGUAUGCCCUGAAGACCUACAACUUUGCCGCAGUCAAGAUCAACGAGAACGUGAAGAGCUUGAACUUGCCACUGGGUUUUGAGAUGAAUUCUCCUGACAGUGAGAUGGACGAACGUCCACGCGUCCUCUUCGCAACGCUCUACUGUGCCAAGGGGCUCAUUUUCGAGAUGAUGCUGCGCGUUGCCUGGGCUACUUCUGGAGAGGAACUGGUGGAGAUACCCAUUGACGAAUGUGGUGUUAUCCUGGACGACCGACCAAGCGCGAGUGGGGAAUCAGUGGAGCACGAGGCAGCAGUCUUUGAAAAGACGUUUCGACCAGCACUCUCCAUCGCAACGAUAGAGGGCCAUGAAGCAGUUGUUCGCUUGCUCUUGGGAGGUCGAGCAGAAGUCGACAGACGGAGCGGAGACGAGACUGGCUCGACUACGCCUCUUUUUCAAGCUGUACGCAGGAGCUUUGUGGAGAUUGUGCGUUUGCUGCUAGACGCAAAGGCCGAUGCCAAUGCCCCAGAGAUACAUGACUUGGGCUUAUGCCCUUUCGCGCGCGACGCAUGGCCUCUCGCCACAGCGUCGGGGCAAGGCUGCGUCCAGAUCGUGCGCCUGCUGUUGGCCGCGCACGCCGACGUCAACUUAGGGGAGUGUCAAGAAAGCUUUGAUGAUGAAUUUGCACUGCAAUGCACAACGGCAGCCACGCCCCUUUUCUACGCAUCAGGCGCUGGCCACGUUGAAGUUGCCCGUGUGCUUUUAGACGCAGAGGCCGACAUUAACAAGGGGGAAGACACGGAUGAUAGGCGCCUCAGCAUGAGAAGGCACACCACGCCCCUUCGCCAUGCAGAAGAUCGAGCUCAAACAGAGGUCGUGCGCUUGCGGGAGGCUGGAGGGGCCGAAGCCAGAUUUAAGGAUUAG